CGGUCGCAAGACCAUGUAUGAGUGUUGCUUUCGAUUAUCCAAGUGAUUCACAAUAAAACUUAAAAAAUCAAACAUUAUAUUCAAUAAUACGUGUUGUAUUAAAUGAUGUACUAAUAAAUUUAAUUUUCCGUUUGAUAAUUCAAAAUCAAGUGAAAUGACGUCAUUAGUUCAGUGCGACAUUGAUUAUUGCCAAGGCAACCAUGAAGAUAGCUCUUGGCAUGCUAUUAUGUUUCGGACUAUGUGGAGUCCUGUAGCUAUUACCGGAAACAACAGCAUACCACCUACUAGAUCCAAACAUAGUGCCGCGGUGCACGGCAACCACAUUUACGUGGUCGGGGGUCGGAACGGAAAUUGGCCCCUGAAAGACAUAUGGAGAUAUGACUUGGUACAAAACGCUUGGGAACAGUUGCAUCCGACAGGUGAUACAUUACAGAAUUUGCAAGAGCACACAGCGGUCGUUUAUCAAGACAAAGUAUACAUAUUUGGCGGGGAAGUUAGUUUUUCAUCUGCCUCCGAAUCGCCGCUAUGGUCUUAUAGUAUCAAAGAUAACCAAUGGAAUAAAGUCAAAUGCGCAUCUGGCACCAACGUUCCAAAAGGCAGAAGAGGGCAUACUGCUCUUGUAUACAGAAAUUCCAUGAUUAUUUACGGUGGUUACAGAGACCUAAAAGGAUCCAGCGGCGAGAUGUGGGCAUUUCACUUUGAUUCUCAGACUUGGCAUCUCCUCUCCCAAGGAAAAACUACACCUCCCGCAAGACACAAACAUUCAGCUAUUAUAUACGGAGAUGUCAUGUGGGUAUACGGCGGAAUGACAGAUUUGCAAGAGAGAUCAGAUUUAUGGAAAUUUGAUUUUGUUAGAAAAAAGUGGAGCAUCGUUAAAAGUAAAGUUAAUCCCGGACCAUUACAAGGUCAUAGCACCUGUAAAGUGAUGGGGUCCAUGGUUAUUUUUGGUGGUAAAAAAGGAGGACAAAUAAGCAACGAUUUGUGGAAGUUUUAUUUUGCUAGUGAAACUUGGGAGAAAAUUCAAAAUAUGUAUCCACAACCUCCACCAAUUUGUGAAGCUAUAGCAGUAGCUACGGCAGAGAAAACAGAAUUUACAUCAGUGAAACAGGGUCGAGAAAAUGGUGUUCAAAGUCCAUUAGCACGACGACCGAGAUGUGGUCGAUCAGUUGAUAGAUUGAGCUGUAGCGAUAGGGAUCAGAUUCAUAUUCAACAUCAACAUCAAUCUAGACCUGAGUCAAGAACAAGAGGUUCGAAUGUGAACAUCCUUAGAGAACUUUCAAAGCUAUCUCAACUCAAUUUGUAUAAGUUUUCCAAUAAUAAUGCUUACAGUAUGUUAAGUAGUAAAGAUAACGGAGAAACUCAUCAACAGAAUAUGGUCAAGUCACAAAGUGUGAAUGUUAUUGCCAGAUCAUUAAUAUCGCCAGUUAUACCUAACAAUUCGCCUCCCAAAUCAUUUCGGAUGCCUAGAGACCACAUUUCCGUUCCUAAUUUUGGUGCCGCUCUCACGCCUGUUGAGGCUGCAAAGCUUGUAUAUUUAGAAGACGAAGAAGCACCUAGUCCAAGAGUAGAAAUUGACAAUGAUUUUGGGUCGGUACACAUGAGGUUUCAUCCAAACGGACCUUCAUCGGCCAUGUCUCUUAAUAAAGUAUUAAACCGUCGCAGUUAUCCAUUAACUAACUCGGCAUCUUCCAGAUUUGGCAAUCCAUAUAGUACUCCAGAAGAACCUGGUGAUAUAACUUCUGGUUACGCAAGUAUUGAGACCAUGCACUUGUCGCCUAACAGCGAAGGACCAAUGUGUUUUUCCAACCCGAAUUACGUUGUGCAAGCUGAUAUACAAAAUGCUAUUUCGAAAGGUGAUUAUGUCAAACUAAACAGUCCUCCAGAUAGUUUAUUGGAAGAUAGUGAUAAUACGUUUGAAAUGCGAGAAAUGAACAGACCUGUACCUCCUAAAACAUUGGCACUGAAUUCAUCUACGGCGUUUAAUUCUUCUAAAGUUUAUGCUCAAUCUAUCUCAGACGUUCGUGGUCCUCCACUAAAGGCCCGAGCUGUCAGUGCCAGCCGUACUGAUCGUGAUCAACAACAAGUGAAAGAAUGCACAGUUUUCCUGUUAGGAGGAAAUGAACAAGAUGGAUCAGUAACGGUAUUUAAGAAACCAAUGAUAAUGUGGAAACUCAGUAUGUUCUUCCGAAAUGUUUAGAUAUCAUUGACAGAAUUCCAAAAAGUUUUAGUUUUCUAAUUGAAAUAUAUUGCUAGAACAAAAAGUUGAAGAUGCAAAUGUUGCUAAGAAUACCUUAUUAAGCUUUGUGCGACGUAAUAAUUGAUUUAUUUAACUUUGGUUCCCUCCAAUAUUUUUAAUAAUUGUCAUAUAAGUUUUUAUUGUUUUAUGUUAUUUUUCUGACUAAAAUACUUCAUUUAUUAAAACAAUUAUUUUAGUACUUCUAUUACCUACAAAAAAUGUAGAGUCCGUCCGGUGUUUCACUUACUUGUUUUUCCGUCCACCAACAAAUAAGUGAAUAUUAACAAACAAUAACCACCGACAAUACAAUCCGCAUUUUGCUUAUAUAAAUACAAUGAUUUGUAAGAAUUUUUAAAUUUAAAUAUAUAUAACAUUUUGCAUAUUAAUUUUACAAUAAACAUUAUGAUGUAUAGUUUAAUAUUUACUAUAUUCUAUAAACCAGUACUAGGAUCCAGAAUGAUUUCUGAUCUAAGAAAUUUUUUUCUAUAUCUAGUAAGUUAGUUUACCAACAUCGAAUUUUUUUAGAAAAAUUCACGGUUAAUAAUUUAAAAAAAUUUAAAUAAUAUUAAAUCACUUUUAAAACCUUAACCAAACCUAAUACUUAAACUUUUUAAAAGUCAAAUUUUAAGUUCAAUUAAUGAUUCAAAGAUGGUCAUAUAAUAUUUUUGUUUAAUCUUUAAUCUCUUUUCAAGAUGUACUAAAAAUAUUUCAAUAUAAAUAAACUUAUUUACUAGAUGUAAGAAAAAUUGCCAGAACCGAAAUUAUUUCAGUUCUGUUAUAAACUCUUAAAUAUUUUUACGCAUGUGGCAAAUUAAAAUAA